GUGCCCACUGCGCGCCCCCGUCGUUCUUACCGGUCCGCGCCGCCAGGCGGUUGGUUAGAGCGUUGAGAGGCGAGGUGCCCGGGCGACGCGCGUCCCCUCGUGGCGGUGGCGGUGGCUGUUGUGGGGUCUGAGAGCAUUGAAAUCUCACCCUUUUCAUAAAAUGGAUUCAUUGCGCAUGAAGCAAUUUUCAAUCCUCCUGUGGAAAAAUUUCCUUUUGAAGAGGCGGAACGUAGUUGGCUUAGUGGUAGAGAUUCUCUUGAUAUUUCUGUUGUUUGCAUGGACUUUGACUAUACGCAAAAUUUCAAACAAGACAUUUUCUCAUGCUGCAAUUUAUAAUCCUGUUCCCCUGACUUUACCUGAGUUCCUUAAUAAAAACUUUGACUAUGAAUUGGCUUAUGUGCCUUCUGAGAGUGAUGCGGCAAGAAAUAUUACUGAGAUGGUGAAAAAGGAUUUAAAUUUCAACUUUAAAGUUCGAGGCUUUUCUUCUGAAGAAUCUUUUGAGAAAUACAUUAAGUAUGAAAACAAGUCUUCAUAUGUUCUGGCUGCUAUUGUGUUUGAUCACAUGUUCAAAACCAACAACGAACGCUUGCCACUUCAGGUAAAAUAUAAUUUGCGCUUCGGUCGUCUCUAUAAUGCUAAUAAUCCCUUAGAGCCAUCCAGGGGCCAGGACAGAAAGGACUGGAACACAUCGGUUCUCUUCCCACCUGUGCCUUCUCUAGGACCCCGGAACACUAUGGAAAGCAAUGGGGGACACCCUGGAUAUAUCAGAGAAGGAUUUCUUAUUGUGCAGCAUUCUUUAGAUAAAGCCAUCAUGGUGUAUCAUAGUGGCAGAGCAGCUGAAGACAUGUUUGCUAAUGCCACCAUUUAUGCGAAGAGAUUCCCAUACCCUGCUUUCGCUCUUGACACUUUCUUGUGGACUUUCAUGCCUAUGUUUCCUUGGACAAUUUUAUUUACAUUUACUCAAAUGACACUUGUCAUUAUUGGGACCAUUAUGUUGGAAAAGGAAAAGAGAUUAAAGGAAUACCAGCUCCUGGUGGGACUCAGUAAUGCUAUGCUCUGGAUUUCAUAUUUCGUCACCUUCUUAUUGAUGUAUUUCAUUAUCAUCUGUUUGCUGUGUGGGAUUUUGUUUCUCAAGAUUACACAUGAGAGAGUCUUUCAACACAGUGACCCACUAUUCAUUGCCUUCUAUUUCCUGUGUUUUGCCAUCUCCUCGGUGUUACUUGGCUUCAUGAUCAGCACACUCUUUGAUAAAGCUUCUCUGGCCACUUCUAUUGCAGGUUUCCUCCACGUUCUCACGUUUUUUCCUUACCUAAUCAUAUUUUCGAUGUACAGUCAGAUAAGUCUCGGUGGGAAGCUGGCUCUCAGUCUCAUCACAAACACAGCACUAGCUUUUGGGGCUGACUUGAUAUGCAAGAUGGAAAUGAAAGGGCAUGGUGCUCAGUGGUACAACUUUGCUACAAAAAUAAGUGUCGAUGAUGACUUAACUUUGGCUCAUAUAAUAGGAAUGUUUUUAUUUAGUGCUUUUCUCUAUGGCCUUGUGGCCUGGUAUAUAGAUGCUGUCUUUCCAGGAAAGUAUGGUGUGCCCAAGCCCUGGAACUUUUUCCUGCAGAAAACCUACUGGUUUGGAGAGCCAGUCUUAAGCAAGGAAGAGAGCCAAGUCACUGAUUUGCCCCCAAGUGAGUUUGUUGAGCCUGAACCUGUUGGCUUAGCAGUUGGCAUCCGGAUUCAAAAUUUGUACAAGCAAUUCACCUUAAAAAAUAAUACCCUGAUGGCAGUAAAAAACUUGUCUUUGAACUUGUACGAGGGACAGAUAACCGUUCUUUUAGGACAUAACGGGGCAGGAAAGACGACCACCUUGUCCAUUCUAACAGGUUUGUAUCUUCCUACCAGAGGAAAGGUCUUUAUUAGUGGAUAUGACAUCUCAUCUGACAUGAUUCAAGUUAGGAAAAGCUUGGGCUUGUGUCCCCAGGAUGACCUGUUGUUCCCAAUGCUGACAGUGUUAGAGCACCUGUAUUUCUACUAUGUGAUAAAAGGAAUAUCUUCGAGAAAAAGAUCUAGAGAAAUUCAUGGGAUGCUCACUUCUUUUGGCCUGCUAGAUAAAAGUGAUGCACUGUCAAAGGAUCUUAGCGGAGGAAUGAAGCGCAAACUCUCAAUCAUUAUAGCUCUUAUAGGGGAUACUAAGGUGGUGAUACUUGAUGAGCCAACAUCUGGCAUGGAUCCGGUCUCAAGGAGGACCACCUGGGACCUUCUGCAGCAAUAUAAAGAGAACCGUACCAUCCUGCUGACCACACACCACAUGGAUGAAGCUGAUGUGCUGGGUGACCGUAUUGCCAUCAUGGUCACGGGGACACUGAAGUGCUGUGGCUCUCCAUUUUUCCUGAAGAAAUUAUAUGGUGUGGGAUAUCACCUAGUCAUGGUGAAGACUCCUGAAUGUGAUGUUGAAAAAGUCUCCCAGCUGAUUAGGAAUCACAUACCAACUGCUGAGAUGGAGAUGGAUGUUGCAGCCGAAUUGUCAUUUAUCCUGCCAAAGGAGUACACACACAGGUUUGCAGAACUUUUCACAGUCCUAGAAGAAAGACAAGGAGAGCUGGGAAUCAUUGGCUUUGGUGUCUCCAUGACUACCAUUGAUGAGGUUUUCUUCAAGGUCAGCAAUCCUCCAGACUUGAAGGUGAAUACUGAGACUAUCCAUUCAGCUUCCACAGUGAGUCAGAGCACAAGUGAAGAGAACCAGAAUGUGAGUGUGCCCAGAAAUUUCGAUAGACCAGAUUAUCCAAAAGAACACUUUGAUUCUUCAUUCAAUACUGGGUGGGCUCUUUAUACCCAGCAGUUCAGAGCCAUGCUAAUCAAAAGGGCAAUGUUCUCUUGGCGCAACUGGAAACUGCUGUUGUUGCAGUUGCUGGCACUUCUGGGUCUCAUGUAUCUUCUGACAGAAGGCAUAAGCUUCCGAACACCUGAAAUUCUUGCCAGGGUGAUGGACUUGGAGCAGUAUGGUGAGACCAUUGUGCCUUUCUCAAUUUCUGGAGAUCCUGAUUUGACCCAGAUUCUCACCAAAAAUCUUGAGAUCAUGUUAAAGGCUAAAAAACAAAAACUUCAUGAAGUGCAAGGUGAUGUGCAGGACUACUUGAUAACAAAUAAAGAAUGCAUUUAUUCAUGCAUCAUUGCAUUUUCCAUUAAUGUUUCUAGAGAAAAGAAGACAUUUACCUUUUGGUUCAACAAUGAGGCAUACCAUUCAUCAUCAUUAUCCUUGUCAGUUUUAGACAAUAUUAUUUUUAUGUCUCUCUCUGGUCCUGAUGCCACCAUUACUGUUUCCAACAAGCCCCAGCCUCGACCUGUCUUAGAGAACAAAUCUAAUAAAAGACACAUACCAGGAUUCGAAAUAGUCUUUAACUUGCUCUUUGGGAUGAGUAUUUUCACCAGUGGCUUUUGCCUUUUGACAGUGACUGAGAGAGUUAGUAAAGCAAAGCACAUCCAGUUUGUGAGUGGAGUCUAUACCUUUAAUUUUUGGCUCUCUGCUCUGCUGUGGGAUCUCACCAUCCAUUUUGUUGCCUGUGCCCUAAUGCUGCUGGUGUUCCUAAUCACUGAUGUACAUACAUUGUUGGAGAAAUACCAUUUCCUGGAUACGAUGUUCAUCCUCAUGCUGUUUGGAUGGUCUAUCAUCCCCUUCAUCUACCUGCUAAGCUUCUGGUAUAACAAUAGCACCAGUGCCUAUAUCAAGAUUUUUGUCUUCAACAACUGUUUAGGGUUUAUGAGUGUAAUUGUGGAGUCAGUGGUACAUAUCAUACCAGAUAUUAGGGCCAGUACUAAGAACCUCAUACUUAACUCACUGCUGAUGUUACCUGUUUAUAACCUUGGGAUGAGCAUCAACAAAUUCUAUGAUAUCCAAGAGAUGAGGAAAGCGUGUUCUUCAAAAUAUGGUCUCACGUAUAAAGACUGCAAGAACAUAAAUGAUUUUCCUAUAUACAGUAUGAACCAAAGUGCGAUUGGAAGGCAUGUGGCUGCCAUGGCUGCCACGGGAGCGACAUACCUCUUCCUCAUUUUCCUUCUGGAGAUUACUGCGUGGAAUUUUAAAACAUUCAUAUAUCGCUAUGUUUUCUUUGGAAUCUAUAGGAUAUUUAGUAAGGCUAGAGUAUCCAAGGAGUUAUCCGGGAAAUCUGAAGACGAAGAUGUACAAAAUGAAAGGGAGACUAUCCUGCAGAAUCCUCAGCAGUCACUGAAUUCUAGUGUGCUCAUUAAAGAGCUUGUAAAGAUAUAUUUUAAUAUACCACCCACUCUGGCUGUGAGAAAUAUCUCUGUCUCCAUUCAAAAAGAGGAGUGUUUUGGAUUGCUUGGACUAAAUGGAGCUGGAAAAACUACUACCUUUGAAAUUCUGACCGGAGAACAGAUUGCUACAUCUGGGGAUGUGUUCAUUGAAGGCUACAGCAUCACCAAAAAUAUCCUAAAGAUAAGGUCAAAAAUUGGCUAUUGUCCACAAUUUGAUGCCUUGCUGGAGUAUAUGACCACUCGGGAGAUACUGACCAUGUAUGCCAGGCUGUGGGGGAUUCCAGAGAACAAUAUUAGACCCUAUGUGGACAACUUGUUGGAAAUGCUGUACCUGCAACCACAAGCUGAGAAGUUUAUUUACACUUUGAGUGGAGGAAACAAACGUAAACUGAGCACUGCUAUUGCCAUAAUGGGAAAGUCAUCAGUUGUCUUCCUAGACGAGCCAUCCAGUGGCAUGGAUCCAUUAGCCCGGCGAAUGCUCUGGAACACAGUGACAAAGACACGAAAGAGUGGCAAGGUCAUCGUAAUAACCUCUCACAGUAUGGAGGAGUGUGAAGCUCUCUGUACCAGGCUAGCCAUCAUGGUGCAGGGAAAAUUUAUGUGCCUGGGUAGCCCUCAGCAUCUCAAAAACAAAUUUGGCAAUGUUUACACCAUGAAUAUCAAGUUCAAAACUGACACUGGUGGUGAUGUAAUAACGGAUUUUAAAAAAUUUAUUACCAAGGUUUUCCCAGGUAGCAAGUUGAAGCAAGAGAAUCAAGGGACCCUUAAUUACUACAUUCCCAGCAAGAACAACAGCUGGGGAAAGGUGUUUGGCAUUCUGGAGAAAGCGAAAGAGCAAUAUGAUUUGGAGGACUAUGCCAUCAGCCAGAUCACCCUGGAGCAAGUCUUCCUGUCCUUUGCUGGCCCAGAUAACACAGAAACUGCUUAUGUGAAAGCAAAAGAGGUGCCUUAAGAUCCAGUUACAACCAGUAAUUGUGAUGACUUUGUUCAACUGUAUUUGUGUUUGGAGAGGGACAUGUGUCUUU